AUGGCUCACAUUGUUACUUCUUCAUCAAAUACUCUGGUUCCAGUGGUCACAGUUGAACUGGGUCAGUCUGUGACUUUGUCUUGUGAUUUUGCCAUGAAAUAUCAGAGCAACACAUGGCUUUACUGGUACAAGCAGAGUGCUGGAGAUACUCUGACUUUAAUUGCGAUGCAGCAGACGAGUGUAAGCCCUAAAUAUGGACCAGCAAUCUCAUCUUCAAAAUUUAAUGUAAGAUCAAAUGAGCAUAGCAGCAAUCUUACAAUUUUCACAACAGUUUAUGAAGAUGAGGGGAUGUAUCACUGUGCUCAAAUUGACAGACUUAAAUCUACAUGGAAUGGGACUUAUAUAUCAGUGAAAGGCGUGCCAAAUAGGACAUCAAACUACACAGUUGUUCAGCAGACAACGAUCUCUGGUCCCACCCGUCCAACGGGCUCAGAGACGCUGCAGUGUUCGGUCCUCUCUGACUCUGAGAUAACAAACUGUUCAGGAGAACCCAGCGUGUUCUGGUUCAGAGCCAGAUCAGAAAAGUCUUUUCCUGACAUGAUUUACACCGAUGGGAAAAGAUCAGAAAACUGUGAGAAGAGCUCUAACUCUCCAAAGCAAUGUUUUUAUAACUUCCAUAAGAAUAUCAGCUCCUCUGAUGCCGGGACUUUCUACUGUGCUGUGGCCACAUGUGGACAGAUAAUUUUUGGAAAUGAAAUCAAAGGGGGUGAAAGAGAUGAAAACAUCAUGCUGAUGGUCACAAUAGCUGCAAUAAUCUGUUUGGUCAUUUCUGUCAUUUUUAACAUUGUUUUCAUUUGCUUUCGAACUCAAAGAUCAGCAUGUCAACGAUUUAAAGAAAGCUCUUCUUCAGAGACAAGAAGCAACUUUAGCCGAAUAGCAAAUGAUAACGAAGCUGGACCUGAUCUGAACUACGCUGCGUUACAUUUCUCUGAAGGGAGAACAUCAAGAGAAAAAAAGAAGAGAGAGCUGAUGACUGAAGAAAGUGUGUAUUCACAGGUUAAAGGAUAAGCUUGAGUAUUUGAGUCAGCUUGUAAAGAAAACCACUUGUGAGAUGCAAAUGAAUACCGUUACUUAGUUACACACAAAAAUUAACUCAGUAUUCAUGCAGACAAUUGAAUGAAAGAUAUGAUGGAAAAAAAAUGUACAGCUUCAAUACUUUAAGUUUGCCUACAUUAAACAUGAUGGCUUGUGUUUUCCUUAGGAGUGGAAAAU